AUGUAUUUUCCUUUUUUUUCUCACCCUCUCUUUCUCUUUCUUUCACUUUCUUUUUUUAGUUUAUUUUUCUAUUCUUCCCUAUUUCUUUUUGUUCUUCUCUCUCUCUUUAAUUCUCCCUCCCUCUCUCGUUUUCCCUCUUUUUUCUUCGUUAUUUUUCUUUCUUUCUUUCUUUCUUUUUUUCUUUCUUUCUUUCUUUCUUUCUUUCUUUCUUUCUUUCUUUCUUUCUUUCUUUCGUACUUUAUGCCUUUAAUUCUCUAUCUUUCUCUCUUUCUUUAUCUAUUUCUUUAUUUUUUCUUCUAUACUUUAAUUUUCUUUCCUCUUCUAUCUUUCUACUUCUGUCUUUCCCUAGGCCUCUUUCACUCUCUUUUCUCUUUGUUUUCUUCUCUCUCUCUCUCUGUGUGUGUGUGUGUGUGUGUGUGUAUACACGCAUGCAUGUAUAUCUUUCUCUAUAUAUCUCUUUAUCUUUCUGUCUAUAUUUCUUUCUUUAUUUAUUUCCUUCCUUUAUUUCUUUCUCUUUCUCUCUUACUCUGUCUUCCUCUCUUCCUCCCUUUCUUACUGUAUCUAUUUCUUUCUUCUUUAUUCCCUAUUUUUUUUUUGUCUUUCUCCCCCUCUUUCUCCCCAUCUCUUUCCCCCUCUUCUUUAUCUUUUUCUUUCUUUCUUUCUUUCUUUCUUUCUUUCUUUCUUUCUUUCUUUCUUUCUUUCUUUCUUUCUAUUAGCAGUUACAAACGCUCACGCAUUUCUCGCUCUUUCUCGCUCUUUCUCGCUCUUUCUCGCUUUCUUUUUUCUUGCAAAUUCUCGCUUUCCUUUUUAUCGCUCUUUCUUGUUUUCUUUUUUCAUCGCUCUUUCUCGUUUACUUUUUUCUCGCUCUUUCUCGUUUUCUUUUUCUUCUCUCGUUCUUUCUUCUCGCACUUUCUCGUUUCCUUUUCCCCUCUCGUUCUUUUUUCUUUUCACUUUCUCGUUUCCAUUUUUUUUAUCGCUCAUUCUCACUUUCUUUUUCUCUCGCUCGUUCUCGUUUUCUUUUUUUCUCGCUCUUCCUCGUUUUCUUUUUCUAAUCUCGUUCUCGUUUUUUUUUUCCUCUCUCGUUCUCGUUUUCUUUUUCCAAUCUCGUUCACGUUUUCUUUUUUCUCGCUCUUUCUCGUUUUCUUUUUCCAAUCUCGUUCUCAUUUUCUUUUUCUAAUCUCGUUCUCGUUUUCUUUUUCCUCGCUCUUCCUCGUUUUCUUUUUCCUCUCUCGUUCUCGUUUUCUUUUUUCUCGCAAUGUCUCAAUUCCUUUUUUCUCGCUCUUUCUCGUUUCCUUUUUUCCUCGUUCUUUUUUCUCUCACUUUCUCGUUUCCUUUUUCCUCUAUCGUUCUUUUUUCUCGUACUUUCUCGUUUCCUUUUUUCUCGCUCUUUUCCGUUUUCUUUUUUCUUUUCUAUUUCCUUUCCAUCCAAUCUUUCUUCUUUUCGUUCCUCAAAUACUUUCCCUCUCUUUCUUUUUAUUUUCCUCCCCCCUCUCUCUCUCUCUCUUACUAAGAACCACUCUCCCUUCUCUCUUAACUUUCUUUCUCUCCAUCUCUAAAAUUUAUUUUCUCUCUCCAUCUUUAAAAAUUCUUCUUUCUCUCCAUCUGUAUAAUUUAUUCUCUCUCUCUUUCUCUCUCUCCAUAUCUCUAAUAUUUCUUCUCUCCUUCUCUAGUGGUUUUUCUCCCUCUUUCUCCUUUUCACUUAAUCACGUCUGUUUAUAA